AUGCCGUCACUCACGUGGAUCGUCAUCGCCAUAACCUCCUUAGCAGCAUCUACUACCGCUGCCCCAGCAUCACUAGCGGAACGAACAGUAUCGCCCUGCCCAGCACCCGGGAAGACGACACGCGUGUACUCGAGCGGGCUGUACACCAUAUUCCCGGGAACCCCCAAGUACGCCGCGCCGCCGAACAACGACCUGCACGUGCAGUACAACGCGGAAACCAAACUCGCCAUCAAGCAAGUCGCCGCCUUCGGCGAGUUCCCCAAGGCGGCGAAGAAGUGCAGCCUGGGCUGGGUGCAGGACGACGCGAAGAGCGGGACCCUGGUCGUCUCCGGCGACGGGCGGCUGACGGCGCGGCAGCUGAGCGGGUUCCCGGCGUUCCCCGCGGGCGGCGAGAACGGCGUCUCGGCGCAGGACGUGCAGCGGUACGACGCGGGCAAGGUGAGGAAGGAGGCUAGCCCGGACUUUUCGGGCUGGGAUAGGGAGAUCAGGACGGCGGCGCACGCGGCGGCGGGGUCAAACUUCACGUGCGCGACGAACAUGUACGUGCUGCUGGAGAAGUCGAACGGGACGAGUGGGAAUGUGUUCAUGAAGAAGACGAAGGGGUCCGGGGUGUAUAUCGAGUUCUCGUGCUAA